AUGAAACUAAGAAGUUUUUUGGACAUUUUGGUUCAGUUUUUCACCCUGGCUAUAAUCUCUAGAUCUGACCAUGGUUAUUUAAUUGAUCAUGAAGCUGCUAUWAAUAGAGAUGUCCAACCGCUAAAWYACGAAUKUAAGGCAGGACUUUUUGAUCUGUGGCGACCCUAUAUUGAAACUGCCUCCCUCUCGCCCAAGCGUAAAAGGAAACGAACURCKCUMYUGAAUGAGCAACAGAUCAAAGCAGAUGAAGAACACAGCAAGAUCAAAGAUGUUUUAUCUGCUUCUACAUCGCUUAUUGUCAGAAUUGGUAGAGAAUUGUGUUAUUUCAAAGAUGAAGUCAAGAACAACUGUCAUGGUGUUCUAAGAGAGAGAGCUCAGACUUUUCCAGUAACAAAGGAAGUUGUAGAACAUGUCAGUGAAAGUCCAUCAAUGGUUCAGUUACAAGAUGGCUGGUACAUCAUACCACCAAGAGCUGCUUAUCUGAUAUCAGAUGUUACCUCUCUACAGCCAUUAAUUGAUUAUACCAAAUUAAARGGUUUAUUUGAUGUCAUUGUCCUGGAUCCUCCAUGGUACAACAAGUCAGCRAAGAGAAGUGGGAGGUAUUCUUUUCUAUCUCUCUGGCAGAUCAAAAACCUUCCCAUACCCAAGUUKMUCAAUAGUCAAGGUCUUGUUGUUGUGUGGGUUACUAACAARCCAAAAUAUAUUGACUUCACUAAAAGAGAACUCUUUGAUCACUGGGGAAUAGAAUACUUAGCUGAGUGGCAUUGGGUCAAAGUCACAAAAACUGGACAGUUGGUUGUUGAUUUAGAUUCAAAGCAUAAGAGACCUUAUGAAACACUCAUUCUUGGAAGGCUUAGUAAACCUGUAGUACAAGAUAGUCCUUUGCAAAACAAUACAGAAAUAUGUACAAGUCAACAAAGUGCUACCAGCGARAAUCAAUGCACAAAUGCACAAUACCAGAAGCCCAUACCAGAGCAUGUGGUGAUAUGUAGUGUACCAUGCCAAAUCCACUCUAGAAAACCACCUUUGAAAGAUAUAUUAUUGGAUUACAUGCACCCAGAUGUGCGGUGUUUGGAAAUGUUUGCUCGAAAUUUAACAGCAGGCUGGACUAGCUGGGGAAAUGAGGUUCUCAAAUUYCAGAGUACAGACUACUUUGAUAACAUUAAUGUGUCAUCCAAGAAWMGYUGACAAWAURAAUUUUGUAUAUAGUAACUAAUAAAAUAUUUUUUUAAUCCUGAAAAUAA